CCGCCGCCGAUCCCCAAGGAUCGUCGCAAGGCCGAUGACGAAAAGCUGUUGAUAAACGUGAGCGGCCGUCGCUUCGAGACUUGGAGGAACACCCUCGAGAAGUAUCCGGACACUCUUCUCGGUUCGAACGAGCGCGAGUUCUUUUACGACGAGGAGAGCAAGGAGUACUUCUUCGACCGUGAUCCAGACAUCUUCCGUCACAUACUCAACUAUUAUAGAACCGGUAAGCUUCACUAUCCGAAGCACGAAUGUCUGACGAGCUACGACGAGGAGUUGGCGUUCUUUGGUAUCCUGCCGGACGUGAUCGGCGAUUGUUGCUACGAAGAUUAUCGCGAUCGGAAACGGGAGAACGCGGAACGUUUGAUGGAUGACAAGCUGAGCGAGAAUGGGGAUCAGAAUCUUCAGCAGUUACUCGACAUCAGGCAAAAGAUGUGGAGGGCAUUUCAGAAUCCACACAUCUCGACGGCGGCUUUGGUAUUUUACUAUGUAACCGGUUUCUUCAUCGCCGUGAGCGUGCUGGCGAACGUGGUCGAGACCGUGCCGUGCGGUAAUCGUCCGGGACGCGCCGGUACGCUUUCAUGCGGCGAACGUUACAAGAUCGUCUUCUUCUGUCUGGACACCGCGUGCGUUAUGAUAUUCACCGCGGAGUAUCUGUUGAGGCUGUUCGCGGCCCCGAGUCGGUGCAAGUUCGCGCGAUCCGUCAUGUCCAUCAUCGACGUGGUCGCCAUCCUCCCGUACUACAUUGGUCUCGGCAUCACCGACAACGACGACGUAUCCGGUGCUUUCGUUACGUUGCGCGUCUUCCGUGUGUUCCGGAUCUUCAAGUUCUCCAGGCACUCGCAAGGUCUAAGGAUUCUCGGUUACACCUUGAAGUCUUGCGCCUCGGAGCUUGGCUUCCUCGUCUUCUCCUUGGCCAUGGCCAUCAUCAUAUUCGCCACAGUGAUGUUCUACGCGGAGAAGAACGUCGAUGGAACGAACUUCACCUCGAUUCCUGCCGCAUUCUGGUACACCAUCGUCACGAUGACUACCUUAGGGUACGGUGACAUGGUUCCGAAAACGAUCGCGGGAAAAAUCGUGGGGGGUGUAUGCUCUCUCAGCGGUGUCCUUGUGAUCGCUUUACCGGUGCCUGUUAUCGUCAGUAAUUUCAGCCGAAUAUAUCACCAGAAUCAGCGGGCUGACAAGCGAAAGGCGCAAAGGAAAGCCAGAUUGGCACGAAUCAGGAUCGCGAAAGCGUCGAGCGGAGCGGCCUUCGUGAGCAAAAAGAAGGCGGCUGAGGCCCGACUGGCCGCGCAGGAGAGCGGCCUUCAGCUGGACGACAACUACAAGGAGGAGGAUAUUUUCGAACUGCAACAUCAUCAUCUACUUCGUUGUUUAGAGAAGACCACGGAUCGCGAGUUCGUGGAGAUGGAGGUACCCUACAAUGGUGCCCCGAAGAGGCCGGGCUCGCCGUCGCCCCUGACCCGUUCUCGAGCGGAAGAUGGUCGAGAGUCGCGUCCCUACUUCCGCCGGCAACGAGACCGCGAGAAACGGGUUAAACGAGCGCUGUUGGAUAUUCAUUACGAGUGUACAGUCAUCCUUGCACGGUUAUCGACUAGAAAAUUGUACGGCAACGUGUGUCGCCUUGACCUUAGGGACAUCCAGCCGAAGGAACACCGGGAGCCUGUAGUGGAGCAUCCACUUCAGAUCAGCCAGGACCUAAAGAAGCGCGGUUCCCACACCUGUGACAUGCAGGCCCUACAGCCACUUCCGGUCCCAACCACCACCACCACCAACACCGCGCCUGCCAUGACUACUUCCGGUGGACAGCCACCGCUUCCGGUAUCGGAGACCGCUUGAGUCGAUCACCGAGACCAAUCACGAUCACCAUAUCCGCUAUUAUGAACAAAAAAGAAAAAAAAAACAAUAAUAAUAUCACCUUUAACAAACACCAUCACCGUCCUCCUCUUCUACUCGAUGAAAGAACAAUGGCCGACUGGCCGGAAGAACGUAAGAAAGCAGAGACAGACGCGAGAAUCGAUGGCGCCUGGAAUGGCAGGCGCCACCAUUUACCAUGAGAAACAAAGAGAGAGAAAGAGAGAGAGUUUCCACGGAGUCACUGUGAAAGAGAAAACUAUAAAGCAAACAAACGUUCAACGAACGCAGAGCAUUAAAGGAUCGACGACGAUCCACGACGUCCUCGAGGAGGACGGAAGCCGCACGUUCUCGAAGGGCAAGUAUUCCGCGCGACUCGAAGCUGGACGGAAGACACGAAACCGGAGGAACGCGAAGAAGAGGACUUCCCGCCAACGAUCGAAGCCGGAAUUCUUCGUGUUUUCGAGGACGAAGAUUCGCGAAUGCACGCACACGCGCCUGCACCACCUUCUUCUUUCUGUUUUCGCUCGCGAGAUACGUGGCAUCGAUGGAUUUUAGUCCCGUCUCGUACCGCGUUAGCUGCGCCUCUUUCCGCCCGAGAACACGAGGCGCGACACCCUGUUUGCAACAAAACGGAAAGAAAAACGAGGAAAGAAGGACGAACGUAUCCGAACCGGAACGCCGUGAAAUCGGACGCUGGUGAAAAACGAUUCGUCGAUGCGUGCACGUUGAUCGACUUUGCCUCCUGUUCUCGCUUUGGAAAGGAGCUUUUUCAAUUUCCAGCCGAUCGGCAGAAAAUGCCGCGCGACUCGCUGAUUUCCGGCACAACUGGCGCGCGUUCCAGCCGCCUCGUUAUUUCCGCAACGCGCGCGUCCAUCAAUCCGACCGGGAAACGAGCGUAGUCGCCAUAUAGAUCGGUCGAUCGAGUUUCGUUCGCAUCGUUCCAACGAAACGCUCACUUUCCCCGUUCCUUUGCGCUCUUUCACAGCAUCUUUCUUGGUACGUUUCCAAGAAGGACGUCGUCGGAACUUCCUCUUUCGAAUGGACGCUUCUCGCAGCGAAAAAGUAGCCGGAAGUGCCGGGCCGAAAUAAUCGAGAGGAAGGACGGUGUCAAAGAAUCGUAUUAGCGAUCUUAAACGAACGAUCCAGGCGAUAGGGAAAGCGAACGAUCAACCGUCGUUUACGAUCGUUCCAACUCUUACGAGUCGUCGUAAUUCUUUAGAGAGAGUUAGAGAGAGAGAGAGAGAGAGAGAGAAAGUUAGGGAGAGAAUGGGAGAGAGAGAGAGAGAGAGAGAGAGAGAAAAGAAAGAACGUCCCUUCUAGUUAUAAGGAUAAAUUCGAUUUUUAAAAAUGUCUUCGCGAAAGCGAGAGAAAUUCGAUCGAUCCAUGAAACGUACGUACGCAGUUUCUUAUAAGGAGUCUCUUAACUCGCUAGGUUUAAGUUAGCGAACGAUACAUUUAAGGGUACGCGAAACGACGACGAUGAUCGAUCGAUUCGUCGAGGCGGAUAUAAAAAGAGAAAUAUAAGAGAGCAGGAAGAAAUAUAGUAAUUUUACGAUCGCGGUCGUAAAAUGUAAGAAACGAUGGUACGAGUAGGGUUUUCGAAUGGUAUCCACGUAGAAUUCCCGUAUUCGCUGGUGCCCUUCUAGUAUUAGGGAUGGGUGAGAUCGACGAGAAACGAUCGCGAGCGUUCGCUAGGGACCGCGUACCUUGAUACUCUAAAUAAAGUAAGAUGAUGCCCUCGUUCUUUCAAAACUCUUCGACGAGUCCAGUUUUCGUUCUUUUUUUCCCUAGUUGAUAGAUUUGUCGAUCGAACAGCCGAUUCGAAUAAUCAACGGGAAUCGAUUGUGGAAUCGUUGCGCUUCAGCUGCAUUUGUUCGGAAUCGUUGUCGGAUAUCGAAAGUGAAUGAGCCAAUUUUUUUAAUUCUACCGCAAUUCGUAAUUAUAAAGUGGGAGGUUGCAAGAAAUACAGGGAUGGAAGGGUGGGUCCAGCGAAUCCACGGUCGAACCUCGUUUAUCUCGGGGGAUGAAACAACGUUAGAACUUCGCAGGAACCUUCUCUCGGGCGACAAUAGGCUACGAAGAAUCGGUGUGUUUUAAUUUAAACGACGCUGUAAAUAAUCGUGGGAGGCAUGGGAGGAGUCUCGUGUUGUCUGUAAUUAACUUUGUAAUUAAUUGUAAACGAUCUAACGGAGCGAAGACGAACAAAAGAGAACAAAAAGAAACCAAAAGCAGAGAAAAUAAAAGAGACAGAGAGGAUAUAUAUAUAUAUAUAAUAUGAUAAAUGCAAAUAAGAAAAGGAAUAUAUUAUAUAUAUACAUAAAGAUAUACAGAUAUAUUCUACAGGUAAACAUACACAUACGUACACACAGGCGCACACGAACGUAAAUACGUCGGAACGAGAGGAAGUACGUCAGGAGGACGUAUUAACACAUAUUACUAAUCAUACACACAUACACAUACAAACUUGCAGCACCCUCGCGUCGCGCAAUAAAACAAAUUCUAAAUCAACUUUCAAAAACUAGAAUGCGUGCCUGAGUGCGUGGGAGACCAACCCUCGUGAAUCACCGAGCCCAACCCUUCUUUAAACUCUAAUUUAGAUGUUAAAUAUUAGCUAAUUUUAGAUGAGCGAGGGUACGCGUGUUUUGGUUGCUCAAAAUACUCUUGAAAAUCGAAAGUGGGACGGAAAGGGAACAAAGGAAGGGAGAAUUUUUUUAUUUUAUUAAUUUUCAUCCACGCGAGCUAUGUGCAUGGAAGCAUCACGAUACAGAUUAAAGUCAAGUGCGGCAGAAUUCUUCGAACCGUGUAGCCGAAAAUAAGAAAAAUGUAGAACAAACUAUUUUCAACGUUGAAGCGAAAAGGGAGGGGAAGGAAGAAUAUUAGCGAGGUCAGGAAGUUAUUAACAUAGAAUGCGAAAAAUGCAUCGUCGGAGGUGCGGCUCGGUGGUUCACGGGCAGAAAAAGACGUAAACGUGAAUCUAAGUAAAUAAAAAAGAAAAAAAAAAGAAGAUUAUUACAUUAUAUUAAUAUGAUCGUAGAGAUAAUCGAGAAUAAUGUGUCAGGUCCUUUGUCGUCCAAAGAGCUGCAGUUGUAUCACGAGAUCGCGUAUUAAAAAGCGAAUGGGAAACUAGAGAGAAGGAAAAAUAGAGAAAAUAGAGAGUGUAAGGUUAAUGCUACGAAGAAAUCGAACGUAGCAAAACGAUGGCUCGAGCUUAAUCCGAAUUUAAAUAUAAUACCUCUCUCUCGCAACAUUUAAAUUAUAACGAUCCCUCGAUGUUAUCGUACAUUUUUUAUUCCUUUCUUGUCUUAGAAAGAUUCUAAUAAAUUUAAGGAAAAGCAAGAAAAAGAAAGAAAUAUAACAAAUAUGACGUACCCAAUUUGUUGGUCGAGAAAAAUGGCUGUCCGGGUUAAGCUUCGACGCCAUGUUGCCUUUGCCAGCACGAAAUUGCUCGGGAAACUCGGUAAAAGAACGAGGAAUAAAAAAAAAAAAAGAAAAAGAAGAAGAAGAAAGCAUAGAAAAUAAAAAUCGAUAAAAAACGUAGCAGCGUGCGCGAGUUAUUUAGAGAUUAAUUUGCCGGAACUAAUUAGUCUGUCGUUGUUGGCGAGUUAUCGCGUCUUUACUUCCGGUUCGCGACGCAGCGAUGCACGGAGAUUUUCCGAUUCGGCAAGGGUCGUUCGCGAACCUUUUCUACUCGGUCUUCGAUUUCGAUUACGGAUCGUCGGGAGUCCCUGGUUCGUCGAUUUCCUCCCCGUGGUUUCUCGUGGCGUUAGCCGGAAAUCGCGUCGGCGCUGCCGUUGCCGGCCAAUUCACCGGCUAAUCGAUCGGUCUCGAGCCGAGCUCUAUGCAAGUAAUUUUCGAGGAAUAAAAGAAAAUAAAGGGGAUGAAACGGUGACUCUCGUGAUGCGUGUGCACCGAGGAAAAAGCUGCUUGACACUCUCUGCUUCCUAUAGCGGAAUACGACAGUCUUUAUAUUUACAAAAUGGAAAGAGAGAAAGAGAAAAGUAUCUCUGUUAUUUGACAUUAUUGUUUAUUUUCUGCGAACUGGUAUUUCCAUUGUUCCGAUGAUCUUUACACUUCUCUUUUUUUUUAUUCGCUUUGUGGUGCACAAGGAACGAGAAGAUCGAGGGAACACGCGAUCGAGGGAAGCUAGGAACAUGAAUAACGAGUCUUUCAAUUCACUACCGUACUGCCAAUUUUUCCGAUGAGACGCGUAAUAACUUUAAUAAGAGUUUAAGGCGAGGCGAACUGGCGCGACGAGCGAUACGAUUCGCGUCCACAUACGCUCGUCCGACCUUUGUUCGUCUUCUUUCGUCGCUCCGAAGUCCUGACGGAGAGCUAUCCCGCGAUGUUUCCGGAGGGACACGUCACAGAGGGUUCUACUCUUUAUCGCUAAACCAUUGCCACGGUUUUUCCCUAUUAUACAUCGUAAUCUACCGCUAAAGAUAAUAGCAAUUUUUUCGAACGAACAACAAGCGUCCGUGUUCUUUUUGAAAUCUAUAAAUUGAUCGAUAUUCAGCGAUUUAUUCCCCUGUGAUAACUCCGUCGAUGCUGCAACGCCCGAUCCAACAAAAUCCUACGUUCUGAACAUACGUUCGAAUCGAUCGUUCUCGCUAAAUGUAAUCGACACAAAGAGAAAGAAGCGGGUACUUUCGCCUCGCACAAUCAAUGGAAAAAGCAACGCGAUUCUCCUGCGGUGCGAGAGGAAUCGAAGGAAACUGAAUGAACCGUGGCGCGAGCAUCAGACGCGACUGAAUUCGAGCGGUUCGAUCGAUCAGCCGUGCCGCUUCCGCUUUGUUUCGAAGCCGAUUAAAAGAGCCACCCUCUCCGCCGGUCCCUCCGGUGGACUUGCUUUUGCAUCGUGAACGGAAAAAGCGAUCCUUUUGUAAUCAGGACACCGUCCACAGGACCUGCGAGCGUAGCAGGAUCGGCCAAUGUUCCUGACACGCUCCACCGUGAUUGCGAUUCACGCCGUUCGACCGGGAGAUCGAGCCUGCGAAACCAAACUUUUCCAGGUUUUCCAGCCGCGGGAAAUUAUCCAAUGAAUACGAAAUUUCUGUUCAUUUGCAACGAGCGAAGUAGAUUCACGGACGAAUCUUGUGUUACGCGAAAGCGUUGAGAAACCGACGGUGAAAGAUUGAGAACGAAUAGCUGUGCGAAAAUUUUAGAAGCUACGUUCAUUUUAAACGAUGGUUUUUCCAAGUUCGUCUCGAUGUUCGAUAAUUCUUAGAAAAGUUUCACGAUCGCGUAAUAAAUAACUUUAGUGGAUUUCUCGAUGUUUCGUAAGUUUAUCCGUAACAGCGUGACAUGCAACGCAAAGAUGUACAUUUCUAUAAACUAUCCUGCCGUUAUUGAAACUUUUACCGAGAUUCACCAGUUCCUGGACACGUGUCCCUCGUGAAACUAAAGCUCUUACAGUUUCUCAACGCAUGUAGGUUGCAAUCAAUUUCAAAGUUCCCUCUCCCGGUCGUGACUAGACAGUUUAUGUAAUCGAGCGACGAUUAAUCGAGCCAGAUUGGAAACGAGAACAGACCGCCGGUGAUUCGAGGAUCGUCGCAACGCAGAGACCUGCGCCGGACACCGAGUUCGUCGAACUUCCCUUCUUCUUUGUAUAUUUUUCUUAAAACUGAUCGAACAAGGGGGUCGCUUCUCCUUCGAACGCUUCUGAUCCCGUUAGUUCCACGAAAUUUAAUUAAUCCUCGAAUCUUUCGAUCGAACAUAAAACUGUCGAGCGUUCUUCUAAUCGAAGUUUUCACGCGAGAAGAACGAUCAGCGAGGAUGAAUCACGGGAAGUUCGAAAGGAAAGCGAUCAUCCUGACUGUUUUCGUAGCCUCGUGUAAAGAAACGUCGCUGAGAAAGAAUCGAAAAGGGACAAAGACGAUGGAAACUCCAGGGGAAAGAAACGCGACGAUAGUGUUCGUCGAGCGGUGUCGCGCAAACGUCUAGUUUCCGAUGCACUAACUUUAGUUUCCUAAGCGGACACGAGAACAAUUGUCUCUCCGGUCAGAGGCUCGGGGUUACGCACCGUGUUAUCGAUCAUACUUGGCAAUAACGAUAUUUUUAAUCGUACAACUGUAAAAAAAAAAGAUGGAGUAAAGAGAACAGAGAGAAACAGAUAAAAAGAAACAAAGGAGAAAAAUCUAUAUAUAUAUAUAAAUAAAUAAAUGAAUGAAUAAAUAAAUAUACAUACGUAAUAAGUGGACGGAGAAGUAAAAGAAUAAAAAAGAAAAAAAAAGGAAAGGUAGUUGGAAAGACGAUUUAUCGACAGCGGUCAAGCGCCGGCACGUUGUAACAAGUACACCCGAUAGUUGUAACUAGGAACGGGAUGAAGACGUUUUAGCCGAUGGUGUUGUCCGUCUUCGGUAGCUUCCACGCCUUACUCAAAAGUGAAAAAUAAAUUGAAAUUCAUAUUUAA